CUUUGGUUCUUCCCCUAAAAAAUUUUAUCAAAGAAAUGGCCACCCAAAGCAAAAGCAAGAUUCUGUUCAUAGGAGGCAGUGGCUAUAUUGGUAAGUUUAUGGUUGAAGCCAGCACCAAGGCUGGCCAUCCAACCUAUGCUCUUCUAAGAGACUCCACUCUCUCUAAUCCAACCAAAUCUCACAUUAUCAACCAUUUCAAGAGCUUGAAUGUCAUUUUUGUCUCUGGCGAUCUCUGCGAUCAUGAGAGUCUGGUUAAGGCCAUAAAACAAGUGGAUGUAGUAAUAUCAACCAUUGGUCACGAUCUGUUAGCCGAUCAAGAUAGAAUCGUCUCGGCCAUCAAAGAAGCAGGCAAUGUUAAGAGAUUUUUUCCUUCGGAGUAUGGGACCGAUGUAGAUCGUGUGCAUGGGGUUGAGCCAGCAAAAUCACUCUUCAAUGCAAAGGCUCAAAUUCGUCGAGCUGUGGAGGCUGCAAAUAUUCCUUAUACUUAUGUUUCCUCUAACUUUUGUUCUGGUUGGUUCCUUCCUUCUUUGGCUCAGCCUUAUCUUGAAGCUUCCACUCCACCUAAAGAUAAAGUUUUUAUUUUAGGAGAUGGAAAUUCCAAGGUAAUAUUCAACGAUGAACAUGACAUUGCCACGUAUAUUAUUAAAGCUGUUGAUGAUUCAAGAACUUUGAACAAAAUCCUCUACGUUAAACCUCUUCGAAACAUCUACUCCUAUGUCGAUCUUGUGUCACUCUGGGAGAAGAAAUGUGGGAAAAUCCUCGAGAAAACCUAUGUUUCGGACGAGCAAUUGUUGAAGAACAUCCGAGAAGCUCCAACUCCAUUAAACAUAAGGCUAUCAAUUUUUUACUCAAUGUUUGUGAAGGGAGAUCAAACCAACUUUGAUAUUGAAGCCUCAACUGGAGUGGAAGCCACAGAACUAUAUCCCAAUGUUAAAUAUACAACUGUGGAUGAAUUUCUCAACCAGUUUGUUUAGAACUUUCAAGUUAGACAUUUUAAUACACACAUAUUCAACUGUCAUGUUAUCCAUGCUUAGAUCCUUGUAAGUUUUAUUAUGAAUAAUUUUCGUCUAAUCGAAACUCUGAUACCAUGAAAUAUUUUGGAUCAUUUAUCCAAAAUCAUAUAGGUACCGUUUGGUAACCAUUUAGUUUUUAAAAAUUAAAUAUAUGAACACUACUUCUACCUCUAAA